GAGAGAGAAAGAGACGACAGAGCAUGAGCAGGGGAGGGGCAGAGAGAGAGAGAGACACAGAAUCCAAAGCAGGCUCCAGGCUCUGAGCUGUCAGCACAGAGCCUGACACGGGGCUCGAACUCACAGACCGUGAGAUCAUGACCUGAGCUGAAGUCGGACGCUCAACCGACUCAGCCACCCAGGCGUCCAGCAGAAAAAAUUUUAACGUUCAUAUUCGUUGACCCAGUAAUCCAACUUAAUUUAGAAAAAAGUAUUCUGACAAUAGAGCCUUUAGUGUCUCCCUGUAUAGGUGUCUUACCUCUUUUGUCCUCUCUCCUCUCCAGCAUACCUCACUUGAUAAACUAUCUCAUUUCCCAGCCAGCUGGACCCUCAUGCCCAAGCCUUCCUCCACCUGACUUAAGCCAACUUAAGCUAGUCCCUGGAACAGGGAGAUGGUCUUGGAGCCUGGAAGGCCUUGUCUAGGAAUCCCCAUGUGCUUUCAGGAAAUCGAGGCCAAGGACAUCACUGGAGCCAACGUUUGCUUUGAGUUUCUGCAGCUGCUGACAACGUGCCAGACCCUGAUGGCACCUGGCAGAGGCUGCUUGGUCCUGGCCAUUCUGCUGGCAAUGGUGGACAUCCGACUUGGUGGGUGCUUGCACAUCCUCAGCUCAUUUUCCCAGGAUGGAAAGCAAUUAAGCUUGAUCUGUACUUUGCGGCAUACAAAAGAAGAGGCUGAGGGUGCUAUAGUGUUUUUGUGCAAGGACAAGUCUUCGGGCUGUUUCCCUGAGACCAGCCUGCGGCAACUGAGGCUUCGACGGGAUCCCAGGGAAGAUGGCAUCAGCGAAAGAUCAUCUCAGUUGGUGUUCACCAUAAACCAUGCCACACCAUCAGACAGCGGGACCUACCAGUGUUGUGCCACAAGCCAGAGGCCAGAUAUGCGCCUUCAGGGCCACUUUUUCUCUGUUUUAGUCACAGAGGCAGGGAACUACACAGUCAAAGGAUUGAAGCAAAGAAGACACCUCGAGUUCACUCACAGUCAAGGCACUCCCAGUUCAGGCUUCCUGCAAAAGGUCUGGGUGAUGCUGGCCACUAGCCUGCUGGCCCUUCAAGGUAUGUUCAGAAGAGCCUGAAGCACCUACAAUGAGGGUGCUACACCUUUGACACCUGGAGUAUCCUCCAGGAGGUGAUGGGUGGAAAGGGAGACUAGAGUGGGAGACUGAAAUGCUGCUCAAGCCAUGGCCGUCCACAGGAAACCAUCGAACCAACACGAGGGCAAAACUGGUCCAAAGGGACUCAAGACUUCAUAUUACCCAGAAGAAGAUGGAUGAAACACAUUUUCCACUGGAUAGGAGGUCAGACCUGUAAGGAAAGAAAGCUUGUAGGAGAGGCAAAUAAAUAAAUACAGCUGCCUCUCCCCAUUGGACCAACAGCAGGCUACAAGUAAAGGCAAGAGGUAUUUACCUAUUAGGUGAAGAACAAGGCAAGAGGCAGACUGGGUCUGGAGGUGGGUUGUAGAAGUGCAGCUCCUUGGCAAUGGGUGAUGGGCAGAGUAUAUAAACACUUGGAACUGAGUCCUCUGCAGAUCACAAAUUUCCCUAUUCGGUAACAGAGACUGGAACUCAUGAUUUGUCAUUACAUUUUUGUAUAAUCAGCACUGAUGCAGGAUUUUGCCUGUCCUUGGCAUUCCUAAUUCCAUUUUAUUUAAGCUUUCCUCAAAUCAAUAACUACCACAGUUCAUGUGCCACCGGAAUGUAAGCUCUAUAAAUGCAAGGACUUUUGUCUCAUUUACCCCAACAAACACAGUACCAGGCACAUAGUAAGCUCUUAAUAAAUUUUUUUAAAAGAAAACUCAUAUGAUGGGUUAGGUUUUACAUAUGGGGAUUCUAACCUCAUCUCAUUCUUCCGGGCAAACAUUCCCUGAUCAAGAAACAGGCACAAAGAGAUUGUUUCUCCGGUUCAUGGGAAUUAACACAGGACCUUCUCACUCUAAAACCGUGUGCUCUCAGUAAUUACCUACUAUAUGCUAAGCACCUUCUCUCUCUCUCCUUUACCACCCUCCCCAUUCUGAGAUUGCCUCCUCCCGUUUCCAGAAAGAGGACCACCUAGAACUCCCUACUCCAGUCCCUUAACUGCAAAAUAGCAAAAGACCUUAUCUGUGAUCCUUGGCAAGGAGUUGCCAAAUGGAAGCCUGUGACAGUUCUCAAGAGGAAACUGGUGAAUAUCAAGCAGUCUGACCCUUUAGACCGAAUUCUUUACUGAAUCUAAAUUCCCUCAGAUGGUCAGGCUACUCUGUCAGUAAAAUAAAUGUCAUUUCUUCAUAAAUAAAAACUCUGAAAACGAAAUUGCAAUCUAUGACCGCUUACCACCUUUGACUUCCAAGUUAUGCUAGAGCAAAGAAUCUCUCUGCUUUCCCCCUUUCCAAUCGGGUGUUAAGAAUGAACUUUUGAUAGUUGGUGCCUUUUAUCUUUCUCUCCCCAACUCAAGACCUAGCAGAACUACGGAAGAGGCACUGUUCAGGAGGCAUCCUUUUGGACACACGUUUUCUCAGGUCCAAAGAGAUCACGCAGAUCAAGUUACCAUCUUACACAUGAUCGAAACGAUGAUGAGGGAGUUCCCUGGACCUCUGGGCCUCCCUCCGCUCAUGAAACCACCUUCAGUGAGUGUCCCUCUCCUAACACUGUGCCAGCCUUUGGUGCUACACAUGGAGAAUCCACCUGCAACUUUUUGAGUGGCACUGAUUUCUUCUUUGAUUGCCCUACUUUCCUGCAAAGAGACCUCAAAGGUUGGCGUCCUCCACCAAAACCAGUCAGAUUUGCUAAAGGACGCAAGUGCAAUGUUAGCAAUAAGAUACAACUCAUAUAACCCCUUCCUUCUUUCCUUUCCAUUCCCUCCUGAGUCACAAGGACCAAAUAAUGAAUUACAUCGGGUAUCUAAGUUGUGUGGCAGUAAUACCAACUUUAUUUUUUCUUCCUACAGCUUUGUAAGCCUGUACCAGAAACUUAAAAAAAAAAAAAAGUUACAGCAAGAUUAGCCUGACUCUGUAGCUUGCUGCCUUUCACAUUGCCACAUACAGAGAAGAAGACAGCACAGGGAAAGAGAUGCUAAAUACGCCAAGAAUCUGGGGAAUAGAAGGUGGGGCAAAUGAGCAUAUUCCUUGACCUGCUCUCCUCACUACCAGAUUAAAGCUUUCUUCCCAUCCUGUCACCAGUUAAAAGAACAGCUGUUACAAAAGUGGAUGGUGUACAGUUCUCACUCAAAUAUUGGAUAAGUAUGUGUGGUUUUGUGCCCAAGAAAAACGUUUUCCUUCCCCCUCCUCCAACACAGUAAACAAGGAAGCCAAACAAAAUGAGAACACCAACUUUUUUGGAAGAGAUUUUUAUUUGACACUAGAAAGAAGAGAGAAGAAACAGGUAAAGAUAGGUAGGAGAAGAAAGCCAGAGCCAGUGACUGACUCAGCACGAAACCAAGGAAAUGAAGAGACCCUGGCAUUGGGCCGAAGCCCCCCUCCACCCAGCGCAGCUGAAGGAAGAAACAGCUGUGUGCCAAGCCGCAACACGGAGCAUAAGUGCCCAGCUUCAACCAUGUUUUUGUCCAUCUCUUUGGUCACGUCUCUUUCCUUUUAAAUAAAUGCCCAAAGCAAUA